UGUCACGCACCCUGCGCACACAAGCCACCCGCCGUGCGCCUUCUUCAUGCGCGGGUUCAGCACCGCACUGAGCUGGACAGGAUACUCACGGACAGAUGGAAACGGACCGAGUCUCUGCCGUAGAGACAGAGGGUCCACCCGUACAGCAAGUGCAUAAGGAGGAGAAGUAUUCGCCGGUACUCUAGGGCUGCAUCCCUAUAUUCAGAAGGGACAGCAUGGACAGAACAGUUAUCGUUAAAAUGGUAGUCUCAAAAAUUAUAUCCUAACAAGAGGGAAUUUGCAGUGAAGUGCAAACGAAGGAUUUGACCGCCCUGUCGGCGAUUUGUUUUAUAGCCUAGCACUUCAAUAAGUUGCUCGGGAGAAUGGAAAAGGCCACCCUGCCUCAGCUGCAGUCGAGCAUAUCCAAGAGCGCAGAAGGUCCCUCAGAAGACCUUUCCAAACUUACGGAUGAGGAGCUUCUGAAAUGGAGCAAGGAGGAGCUGGUUCGCCGGCUCCGCAGAGCCGAAGCUGAGAAGAUGAGCGUCAUAGUGGACCACAGCAAUCUCAUCCGAGAGGUGAACCGCAGACUUCAGCAGCAUCUCAACGAAAUACGGGGGCUGAAGGAGGUGAAUCAGAAGCUGCAAGAGGACAACCAGGAGCUGCGGGACCUCUGCUGCUUUCUGGAUGACGACCGGCAGAAAGGGAAAAAGGUGUCGAGGGAGUGGCAGCGCCUGGGCCGCUACAGCGCAGGGAUCAUGCGUAAGGAGGUGACACUUUACCUGCAGAAGCUGAAAGAGCUGGAGCAGAGGCAGGAGGAAGUGGUGAGGGAGAACCUUGAACUGAGAGAACUGUGCCUAAUGUUGGAUGAGGAGAAGGGCUGUGGAGGUACCGGCGGGUCAGUGGGUACUGGGGGACCAGUCGGCUGCAGGAGUUCAAUUGAUAGUCAGAGCAGCCUGUCUCAUGCUAGUGGCCCUGGGCCUGGCCUAUUAAGGGAUGUAGGUGACGGGAGCAGUACCUCCAGCGCGGGCAGCACCGACAGCCCUGACCAUCUCACCCAUAAGCAGCAGCUGUUGGGUGGCCCGGUUGGAGGCAGUCCUGACCACCUACAUAAGCCAGGCCCAGGGGAGGAGGCAAAGGGUCCCGAGCAAACAAGCCGAAGACAUAGCACCAGCCAGGAGUAUGGAGCACAUACCUUUCCCCAGGUGUGCCGGUCUCGCUGCGGGUCCUUCUCCAGUCCAGACCACAAGGGCCUGCGGGGUCUCAGUCCAGAGAAACUUGGCAAGAGAGGCAGCCCAGAGCAGUUCUCAAAACACUUACUGGUGUCCUCUCAGCCGCCUGGCAGCCCGGACCUUUUCCAGAAGCACAGUGGUAGCAUGGGAAGUGUGUGUGGGAGUCCAGAGCCCAAACAGCUUCUAUCAGGGACACCGGAGCACCUACAGAAGGGCCGUGUCAUAUCUGGGAGCCCUGAGUUGUUGAGGCAUCAGCAUGGAAGGUUUGGCAGCCCCGGCCGAGAGGUGGCACAGAAGAGGCCGGGCGUAGAGGAGAUGUCCCCUCAUCACCGGAGCAUCUAUAGCGCUCUGAUAUCGGCUGGGUGUUGCACCAGCAACUGUAGAAGUGUCAAGCUUUGGGACAGUUUUGAUGCCUCCUGACCAUGGCCUUGACUGGAUUCAGUGGGCUUUGAUAGAGGAUGCCUGUUGCUUUCAUUUAACUUGCACUGACAGAAAUGGACGACAAGGAUGAAAAAGCCAGAGUGAAGGACAAAAAUGUUUGCGCAGCCAGUGUCUCUUGUUCCCUUCCCUCACCACACUGUUUCCUGCUGGUCUCCCAAUACAACUUACAGCCCUGCAAAUCCAAGGCCUGGAGGAGGGAUUCUUUAGGGUUUAAACAGCUGGAAAUAACAUGAUUGCCAAAAGGAUUUCUCAAAUGGGAGAUUUAAUCAUUUCUCUUUUGCCAACAAAUUGAGCUACCUCCUUUGAACGGAAGCAGACAAAACAAAAAAGUGGGACUGGAAUUUUUUUGUUUUGUUUAUUUAUUAAUUUUUUUUCUUUUACCCAUUUUGUUUAUAGUCGCCCCAAAACACAAUCAAUCCACACUGUAAACAGGGGGGGUCAGUCCCUUACGAAAAAGAACCAUGGUUUUAUUUUAGUAAAACUGUAGUAACCCAUGGUUUUUGGCCUAUUGACUGCCAU